CACGCAGUGCCAAGCGGCGGCCGGGGCCGCCGCCGGGGCCGCCGCCGGGAUGGCGCUGGAGCGGGCGCUGCUGGCGGCGAGGCAGGGCGACGUGGAGGCGCUGCGGGGGCUGCGGGCGGCCGGGCUGCUCCGGCCGGGGCUGCGGGACGCCCUGGGCGCCUCCCCCGCUCACCACGCCGCCCGCGCCGGCCGCCUCGCCUGCCUCCGGUAUCUGGCGGCCGAGGCCGCGCUCCCCGGGGACGCGCGGGCGCGCAACGGGGCCACGCCGGCCCACGACGCCGCCGCCACCGGCAACCUCGCCUGUCUCCAGUGGCUGCUCACGCAGGGGGGCUGCGGCGUGCAGGAUACAGACAACUCCGGUGCCACCAUCCUACACCUGGCAGCCCGCUUCGGUCACCACGAGGUGAUCGACUGGCUCCUCCGCUUCGGGGGCAGCGACCCCACGGCGGCCACAGACACGGGAGCGCUGCCCGUCCACUACGCCGCGGCCAAAGGGGAUUUCCCGUCCCUGCGACUCCUCUUGGGACACUGCCCAAGCACGCUGAGUGCCCAGACCAAAACAGGGGCCACCCCGCUGUACCUCGCCUGCCAGGAGGGCCACCUGGAGAUCAUCCAGUACCUGGUGCAGGACUGUGGGGCUGACCCCCAUGCGCGUGCCCACGAUGGCAUGACCCCGUUGCACGCCGCUGCCCAGAUGGGCCACAACACCGUCAUCGUCUGGCUGAUGAGCUUCACGACGGUGAGCCUGUCGGAGCGGGACGCCGAGGGGGCCACGGCCAUGCACUUUGCUGCCAGCCGUGGCCACGCCAAGGUGCUGAGCUGGCUGCUGCUGCACGGCGGGGAGAUCACAGCAGAUGGCUGGGGCGGGACACCGCUGCACGACGCCGCUGAGAACGGCGAGCUGGAGUGCUGCCAGAUCCUGGUGGUGAAUGGCGCCGACCUCAGCAUCCGCGACCAGGAUGGCUACACAGCGGCUGACCUCGCUGACUACAAUGGCCAUGGCCACUGCGCCCAGUACCUGCGCACGGUAGAGAACAUGAGUGUGGAGCACCGCGUGCUGUCGCGAGACCCCUCGGCGGACGGGGAGUGCCGGCAGCCCGACUCGGGCAUGUCGUCCCCCAACACCACAACGUCGGCGCCCCAGGCACGCUUCGAGGUGGGCUCCCCCGUCAGCACCCUCUCCAACUACGACUCCUGCCACUCCAGCCAGUCCAGCACCGGGGAGAAGAGGGGCGGCCCCGCGGGGGCCCCCGCUGCCCGGGUGCCCGAGCCGGCGCUGGCGGACAUGCAGGCGUACAUGGACAUGCUGGAUCCCGAGACACGGCCGCGGGGCCGGGGGCCGGCAAGCGAGGGCCCCCCGCCACCCCCGCCCCCCACCUUUCCCCCGCCACCACCCCCACCCCCUGCUGCCCAGCCGCCCCCGCCACCCCCUGGCUACCCCGCGCCCGCACCCCCCACCGCCCCCCACACCGCCGACAUCUACGUGCGGGCCAAGAACAACCUGCGGCACGUGGAGAGCCAGGCGCUGCGCCGAGAGCUGACAUCCCGCGAGAGCAGCCCCGAGGGCCUGCGCCGUGCCGACUCCACCAGGCGGUCGAGGAAUUUUGGCAAGCAGCCGAGCACCGGUGACUACUACAAGCACCUGGGGCACGGUGCGGCUGAGCAGCCUGGCCCCCGGCGAAUGGCGCACAGCGAGGAGGUGAGCCCUGGCCUCGCGCCGUGUGCCUGCACGUGGCUCCAUGGCACCGGGCGACGCCUUCCCGUGCUCUUCCAGGCAUCACCCAUCUCAGCGGACACCAUGCGCAACGGCGACAGCAAGCCCAGUGCCGAGCUGCCGCCACCACCGCCGCCCCCGCCGCUGCCUGAUGCUGCCUGCCCACCGCCCCCACCGCCGCCCCCGCUGGCUGAGACCCCUGCCGGCCCCCGCCGCUCCUCCUCCUCCACGGGAAGCACCAAGUCCUUCAACAUGAUGUCCCCCACCGGCGACAACUCGGAGCUGCUGGCUGAGAUCAAGGCCGGGAAGAGCCUCAAGCCGACGCCGCAGAGCAAAGGCUUCACCACCGUCUUCUCCGGCAGCGGCCAGGCAGGCGCCAACGCAGACUCGCCGGCGUCCUCGCCGUCUCCCACCAGGACGCCCACCCCGCCCGCCACCCCCGAGGCUGCCGCGCCGCCGCGCUGCCUGGCGGGGGGCUCGCCGGAGCCGGUGCUGAACGGGAGCUCGCCGGUGCCGGCGGCGGGCGCGGGGGCGCCGGUGGAGGCAGAGACGCUGGUGCCGAGCCACGACGAGCAGGGUCGGCCCAUCCCUGAGUGGAAGCGGCAGGUGCUGGUGCGCAAGCUGCAGCUCCGCAUGCAGGAGGAGGAGGAGCAGCGGCGCAAGGAGAAGGAGGAGGAGGCACGCCUGGCCAGCAUGCCAGCCUGGAGGAGGGACAUCCUGCGCAAGAAGCUGGAGGAGGAGAGGGAGCAGAAACGGAAAGAGCAGGAGAAGCAGAAGCGGGAGGAAGAGGAGAAGGAGAAGGAGCAGUCAGAAAAGCUAAGGACUCUCGGGUACGAUGAGACAAAGCUGGCGCCCUGGCAGCGGCAGAUCAUCCUCAAGAAGGGGGACAUAGCCAAGCACUAGCCACGCCACACUGCAUCCCGGCUCUUCGUGGCGGGAGGAGGCCGGUGGGUCACACCGCAGACCGGGACGCGCCUUGGCACCCUCCUCCCGCCAUGGAUGGCUGUGUAGCCCGACCCGGAGGAGCCCCCCACUGCCUCGGGCACACGUAGCCCCCCAUCCUGCUGCCACCCCAUCCUGCCCUUUGCAAAGCGAGCUAUUGCGGUGAGGGGCACCUGGCUCCAUGCGGGACGCCCGGCUUACGCACUGCGGUGGGCUCACCGUGCUGCUGGCUCCCCGUGCUCCCCACUGGCAUCACUUGCCUCCAAUCCUGCCCCUCCUGGCUCCAGAGCCGCUCGAGGCUGGCUCCCGGCUCACCUCUGCUCCGGACCGCCUGCCUUUCCAGCAAUUAAAGCGAUGAACCCA